CGAAACGACAGGUGAGCCUGCAGAAGUGUAUUGAUUCAUCUUCAGACGUGGCCGUUUGCAUGUCUUGUAUUGUCUGUCUUGUCACCCACAUCGGGCUGCUUCGAUGAGUCCCGCCCCUCCAAAAGGGUGGCCAGAGUGUGUGGGUGGGAACCCAGAUAGUCCGUCCUUCUGCCUCAGCUGCUCCGGCCUCAUUACCUUUUUCAUCGGCUUCGGUGUGCUGACCAUCUAUCCCCUCAUCGCCUCCAAGUGGCGGAUUGGCGGCGGCACCGCAUCGCCCACCUAUGUGCACACGGAAGUGGAGCAGAACAUGGGCCUUAAGUUCUACACUCUCUGGGUGGAGCUGCCCCACUACUGCCACCAUAACCAGACCGACUGCCUGAUAACGGGAGAUGUGAGGUGCCACCAAGGAAAAGUGAAAGCGCCGCUCUUCGGGGAACUUGCCUUUGAGAAGUGCGGGCGGGAAGAAAGCUAUCGGACGACCUUGCCCCAUGCGGUGUGGUGUAGAUGCUGGCCGAGUUAUGGUUUCUUGCGCGACAAGGCGGCCGAACGUGGAGACAAGCGCAUGGAGAAAAUGUGGAAUGAUGCCAAGUGGUCCGGCAUUGCUAUCUCCUGCGCGGCAGGCAUGGCCUUCGUGCUGGCCGCCGCGGCACUCGUCUUCCAUUGCUCGAAACCCACAAAUGUGUGGUUAAGUGCUCUCAGCGUCUUGCAGCUGACUGCAGGUGUGGUUGCGAUGAUGGUCGUGUGGUUCAGCGUCUGGCGAAACGGGACGCGGUCUCUCCGGUGAGGCAUCGACAGACAGACAGACAGACAGACAGACCUCACGAUGAUGUGUGGGUGGUGGCAUGCAGGUGCUUCGGAGACGAUGACAUGCACGGCGGGGGCUGCCAGCUCCAUCACGUCUGGAACUUUUCCAUCUUCGUUUUCUGCGUCCUCGCCGUUGGUGUGGUGUGCUCGUGGGCCGGGACGGGUGCUCUGGUAUACGAGCGGCACGAGGCAGCCAAGCGCUCAAGGGCCGUAGGUCAGCAACAGCCGCCGGCAGUGACAGUGACUGUGGCAUCGACACAGCCUCAGCCCAAUCCCCAGCCGCCAGCUGUUGCAGUGGUCGCCGCGCUGCCCGCCCCCCUCCCAGCUAUCGUGGGCAAUGCUAUAAGGGACUCGACCGGCGGGGACUGGUAAUACGUGGCCUUGCAAGGCAGUGUAUUAUAGACGUCGCAAGGAUCGCUGUUGUCAUUCGUUAGGCAGCUGAACGGACUGCACUCACUUCACAUGUGCCUGAUGUCAUGCCUGCCUGCCUGCCUGCCUGUGUUUCUCUCUAUCUGUCUGUCUGUGUGGUUGGUAUGUGUGUAGUUGGUAUGUUUGUAUCGUCGCUUUUAUCUAUCUAUAUGGGUUUUGUGUUUGUGUGUGUCUGUGUGUGGCGAGGCGGGGUGGUUGCCGGCAUGCCGGCAGGCACCGGCAGGCAGGCGGGUAACGAAUGACUGUCCGAUGUCAUGUGUCUGUAAGCGGAGAGACAAAAUGCGACGGCUUGAUUCUGGAUGUCGGCCUUCCUGCCUGUAGAAUGGCGAGUGGAG